AUGAGCACAAGCACAGAGUACUCUCCUCCCUCCACCCUGCGCGUCAGCAGCAGCCACGUCCGGACCAGAACCAGCUGCAGUGACAGGGACCGUCUCUUCAGCCUCGAGCUGAGGAUUUGCUCCUCGUGUCCCGGACACAGAGAGGUUACCGGUCACCAGUGCACACCCGUGCCCCUGCCGUCAUUGGGCACCCAACGAAUCAUCCAGGGCAACGGGACCAAUGUGGGCACUGUCAUUUCCCUGCAGUGUCCGGACAAACACAAACUGGUGGGAAAAGAACUGAAGUGUGUCAUGGGCAACAACAGCACCCAGUGGGUGGGGGGAACCUUCUGCCAACCUCUGUCUUUGUCGGAGGACUACGGUUUUCGUGUGGCUGUUCUGGCUUCGAUCAUAAGCUCAGGGAUAAUAUUGUUCAUGUCCGUAGCCUUCAUCACCUGCUGUUUGCUCGACUGCCUUCAAAAGGACUCAAAGAAAGCGUCUGGGAGAGAGACAGGUGGUUUGAGGUGUGAGGAGCAGCAGAAGGUCACCCGGUCUCGUUACAGUCAUAAAGGCAGGAACAACAACAAUAACAACAACAACAGAAACCAGGAGAAGAUGCUUCCUGUGUGGGACACCACUAACCCUGCUCUGUGUGACAACAUGCAACCCUGCAGAUGUCAACAGUGGUACACCUACAGUUCUUCACCUUGCACAUAUGGUCCUCCACCAUCACUUGCUGCUCUUCCCGGACACAACUAUUACCAGCCUCGUUUACUCCGAAACCUGGACUCUUGUCCACUGGCGUACCCAGGACCUCCUCAGUCCUCCUGUCAAAGUCCCAGCUCAAGAGGCCACAUCUCUGCAGCAGAGUCCAGAUUGUUGUGGCAGUACGGAGGACAACACAGCAUCUCAUCAGAACCUAACCCACUGAUCCAAAACGAGUCCAACAAGAGGAAUAAAAACUCAAACAGGACUCCCAAAGAGAGUUCCAUAAGGAUUAUAUCAGUGUGAGGA